UAUAAGAGUUUACUUGCUAACGAAAAUACAGUGUCAUUACUCAUUACACAUACCAUUUCAGCCAUAUCAGAGUGAUUUUGCAGCUGGUUGCCACUUCCAAAUACUCCUGCAUUGCAGAUCUGCCAUUGAUAGCUUUCAGGUGAUAAUUGGAAUACAAUAGAUAUGGCUUAUGCUAGUUUUGCUUCUCUUAUGAGAACAAUGGAAUCCGUCUUGACAUCCAAUUCGCUAAUGCAAUCUCUAAGAGAAGAAUUUCGCGCUCUUCAUGAUAAAGUUAGUUCCCUGGAAGUUUACCUCAAGAAUUUUGAGAAAGGCAAUGUUUCUGAGGAAAUGACAGAUUUGGAGAUACAGAUAAAAGAAGUUGCAAAUGCUAUCGAACACACAAUUCAACUGCGACUAACAGAAUAUGCAAUGGCAGAUGAUGAAAUGCAGAAACAAAUGGCAGAUGAGAGGCUCUAUGAUAGCCUAAAACAAGUAGCCGAGGAGAUUGAUCGUGUCCAGAAAGAGUUACCAAAGAUUCAAAAUGAAGGCAAACAAGCAUCAAAGGAAUCUUUGGUUCAAGAUUUAAGUUCAGGAAAACAUACUCCGAAUGUGGAGAACAAUAUGGUGGGACGUGAUGAUCAAAGAAAAAAGUUGCUAGAAGAUCUGACUAAAGGCUUCAAUAGUGAACCCAAGGUCAUCCCGAUUGUCGGGAUGGGGGGCAUUGGUAAAACAACUCUAGCAAGAGACGUUUACAAUGAUGCAUCCAUUCGACUUCAUUUUGAUGUUUGUGCCUGGGCUACUAUAUCGCAACAACACAAUGUAAAGGAGAUCUUGCUGAGCCUUGUGCAUUCUGCAAAGGGUGUUUCAUUUUACAUGGACGGUGAGGCAGAGCUAGCAGACAUGCUACAAAAGAGUUUAAAGGGUAGGAGGUACUUAAUUGUAUUGGAUGACAUGUGGAAGAGUGAAGCAUGGGAUGAUAUUAGACUAUGCUUUCCAAUUCAAAACAAUGGGAGUCGAAUAUUGUUGACGACUCGUAAUGCUGAAGUAGCUUGUUCUGCUGGUACAGAGAAUCUUUCUUUGAAGAUGGAUUUCUUGAAUCCAGAUGAGAGUUGGAACCUUUUUAAAAGUGCGGCGCUUACAAAUGAAGCAUUGUCAUAUGAGUUUGAGAGCAUUGGGAAGCAAAUUGUAUACAAAUGUCAAGGGUUACCACUAACUAUUGUCACGGUUGCUGGGCUUCUGUCCAAAUGUAAGAGGACAAUAAAAGUUUGGGGAAAUGUUGCUAAAGAUGUAAAAUCAUUUGUCACAAAUGAUCCCGACAAAAGAUGUUUACAUGUUCUCUGGUUGAGUUACAAUCACUUGACCAGUGAUCAAAAAUCCUGCCUUCUGUAUUUUGGAAAUUUUCCAGAAGACAGUGAGAUUUCAGCGACGCGAUUGUUGAGAUUCUGGAUGGCUGAGGGGUUUUUGAAGUUGGAUAAAGACUCGGAAGGAGAGGCUGAGAGGUGUUUACAAGAUCUUAUCGAUAGAUGUCUAGUUCUUGUCAGCAAGAAAAGUUUAGAUGAAACAAAAAUUAGAACAUGUAAGGUUCAUGAUCUAAUACAUGAGCUGUGCUUGAGAGAAGCUAAAAGCCAAAAUGUUUUUGUCCUGAAUGACUUUGUAUUCGAUGAUUCGGAUGCAGAAAAAGCUGACAUUGUACUUGAUGAUGAGCUAUAUUCUGUCGCUCCAGAAUGUCAUCAUAUUAGUAGGCAUAAGAUCCGUCCCUUUAAGCGAUGGACUGAUGGUGAUGAUAUUGACUAUGGAUCUUUUAGGGCCCUUCUUACCCGUGAACAUCAUCAUUUGAUUAGGAGGCAUACAGAUGAUGUCGACAACAAUCUCUUGAAACGAACUCGUUCUAUUUUCAAUUUAACUUCAUCUAAACGAACUCGUUCUAUUUUCCAUUUAACUUCAUCUCUUGUGAACUGUACUCUUGGAUCAGAGUUUAUUCAAUUCAGUUUACUCAGAAUCUUGGACUUGAGCCUCAUAGAGUUAAGAAGUUUCCCUCCACAGAUACUAUGCCUCAUUUGGUUGAGGUACCUAAUACUGUCCAGUCGUGGCGGAGGUUUUGACAUACCUUCAGAUAUUUGCACGUUAUGGAAUCUGCAACUAUUCAUUGUUGAGCAGGAUGGUUCAAGACGUGAAUUUUUUCCUCAACAAAUUUGGGAACUAUCGCAGUUAAGGCAUCUUAGGCUGUGUAACUUUUAUUUGCCAAAUCCAUUAAGUGUAUCUGUUGACGAAGAGAGUUACUUGACUUUCUCAAACGUACACACUAUUUCUGGCUUGUCUCCAACUAGUUGCACAAAGGAGGUUAUUUCAGGGAUUCGGAAUAUUAAAAAAUUAGGAUUCUUUGGAGGUAAACGCGACUAUGAAAGGGUUCAAGAAUAUAGACUUUUGGACAAUCUUGUUCAUCUACAUCAACUUGAAACAUUGAGUUUUGUGGUUAAGAAUGAGUGGAUAUCAGGCCAGAUUGCACGAGUGACCAUUCCGAGUGCUCAAGUUUUUCCAGCAACGCUCAAGACAUUAAAGUUGGUCAAAACUCGUCUAAGGUGGAAGGACUUGGACAUCAUAGGUGAGUUGCCGAAUCUUGAGGUGCUGAAGCUGAAAUUGUAUGCUUGUCGAGGCGAAAAAUGGUGUCCAAUUGCAGGUGGAUUUAAUCAGUUGAAGCUUUUGAUAAUUGAGAGAAAUAAUUUCAAGCACUGGGAAGCGACGGAUGACACUUUUAUUGCCCUUGAACGCCUCGUGAUUAGAGAUUGCCGUAAGUUGCAACAGAUACCCAUUGAGUUUGCAGAAAUCAGUACACUACAACUAAUUGAGUUACAAGGUUGUAAGCCCAAACUCAACACUUCUGCUGCAGAAAUUCAACAAGAACAAGAAGACAUCGGAAAUGAACCUGUGCAUGUUCGUAUCCUACAAUCAUAUUCAAGUGAGUAUAACAUUACAUGAACUUCCCAUAAUUCGUUAUAAUUUAUUAAGGCUGCACUCGUUAGAUGUUAGAUAAAAAAAAAAGCAAAUUAAAUUAGAAAAUAGUACUGGUUAAAAUGGUGUUAGAUGUUGUUGUUUUGUGUAGUUGUAGAUGAACAUUUUCCGUUGAAGAUUUGACGCCUUCUGUGCUUUUAUAAUGUUGGAAGUCUAGUUUUACCUUGUAUAAAGAAAAGACCCCAAGAUAUUUUAAUUCUAUGACCUCAUGAUGAUUCAGAUGAUGAUUUAGAAGAUGAUGAUGAUGACGACGACGACGAUGACAACAACACCAAAGAAGAAGAAGAAGACUGAUGAUGAUGAUGAUGACCGACGAAUUGAUCAGAUUUAUCAUGGAUAAUGCAAACUUAGAUUUGUUCAUAGUUCAUAAUGUAAAAAUAGUCUCCCGCAUCGGCUAAGCGGCAGGGGGCUUGGUCUCCUUUAUGGCUUUGGCAAUCCUCCCUCAUGAGCUAGCUUUUGGAAUUGAGUUCGGUUCAAUGUCUAUAUUUUAUCAUGGUCUGGGCGUGCGGGGGGUAUUGAGUCUCCACUUCGGCUAAGGGAUGGGGGACUUAUGCUCCAGUUGGCUUGGCAGGCCAGGGCGUGCAGGGUAUUGAGUCUCCCACAUCGACUAAGAGAUGGGGGACUUAUGCUCUAGUUGGCAGCUGGGCGUGCGGGGGGUGUUGAGUCUCCCACAUCGGCUAAGGGAUGGGGGACUUGCUCUCCUUAUAUGGCUUGGGCAAUCCUCGCCUCAUGAGCUAGCUUUCGGGGUUGAGUUAGGUCCAAUAAAUCAAUAUCCCCAGAUUCUUCAUCUUGUAUUUUUAUUUGUAUUUGUUUUCAAACAGGUAAGGAUCAUAGCCUAACCUCUGUCUCUGUUUUGCUGUAUUUCCAUUGAAAGUUUAGUUUCCCUUCUUGUCAUUUUAUUAAACUGAAAUGGAAAAGAGCACUUGUACAUUCUGUUCAACAUUCUGUUAUAGACUACGGUGUUAGUUCAUCUUUAUGUUUUUUCAUAUGUAAAUGUAUAUGAAAUUAUACAUCAACAUCUGCAACU